GACGUGAAUGUGAGGCCAAAAGUCAAGUCAAUUUGUGUGUGUAUAAUUUGAAAAAUUUGCCGUUUCCUUGACGCCAAAAUUGCAAAUGGAGGAAAGAGCGGGAAGCCGAGUCAGCAUGUGUGUUAAUAUUAUAACUUGAGGGAAAAUUCGCACGUGUGCGAGCGAGAUGGGUGGAAGCACGCGCGGUGGGGGAAAGAACGAAAGAGCGGAAACACGUGCGGGAAAAGGACGCAGCGAGGGACCGUAGUAUGACGAACGCAAGGCAACCGGUGCAGACGAUGGUGCGGGCAGUCUGCGCACGGACAUCGAUCGAGGUUCACGUUCCAUCCACUCCCCGAAAUUCCCAAUUGUUUCUCAAAUUGUUUCGCGAAAUAUUAACGAUACGUCACGUACUUGCAGAGAGAGGCGAGAGAGAAAGACACGCCGCGGUAUUUGAUGCGGCGAAUCGCGUGCGUGACAGUGCGAUGACACCUGUGCUUUUCCGAGAGGAACGAACCGUCCAGUACUGCAGCUGUGGGGGGUGUUUUUCCGCCGGUGGACCAUAGGAGUUUUCUCUGCAGCAACCGGAAGACGUUGGUUCGCCAGUGACCUCGCCGCUCAAAUAAAGCUAGAUAAGAUGUUUAAACGCUUGUCAAAGUCGAGACGCCACAGCGCCGAUGAUGUUGCCCUCUCUUUGGCGAGUCCCACGGUUCCGCUGGACGAACUGUCGGGGACUUCGAUGCCGCGUGACAACAAUCAGGAUCUGAACGCUACGAAUUUGCUGAAAAUCUCCAGGUCCAAGUAUACGCGAAGGAGCUGCGGCGAUGCUGACGCGAUGCAGACGUUGCUCGAAGCGAAACAGGACAGUCAGCAGGAUGUCAUCGAGGCUGAUUAUCAGACGGUUACAGCGGUGCCGGCCUUCAUCGUCGAACACGAUCCGGGUAAACAGCGAGUGUCGGGUCUAGGAGUUUGGGGUCGCAGGAUGGGCAGGAAGAUCGACUCGUUUCGGCGGACUAGAUCUCGCGAGACCAUCUGUUCCAUUACGGAAAGAUCUGAUAGUAGCGAUCACAGCAGUGUCAACAAUAACAGCAUCAACAAUAACGAUGCUUGUACCAGCAACAAUAAUAUUAACAUCCAACAAUUGAAUCAGAUGCAUUUGAACGAAAAGGUAAACAGAAAGUCACCGUCAGUUUGUAACCGAUCUCCGUCUCCGUUCAAAUCGUUCUUCAUUCGGAUGGGUUCUACCGGAAUGCUCAACUCGACCAAAGCCAACAGGAGAUCUCAGAAUAUCGAGGAGAGAGCGAAUCUACCGGAUAAGGAGAGUUUAUUCCGGAGCUGCAGUACCAGUCAAUUGAACAAUAGUCCGACCUACGUGAAGGGCGACGAUCCCUCGGAGGGUAUAGACCUGCAAAUAGCUGCGAGAAAAGAUAAGACAGUGUCUUGCGAUGACCUGGCGGGUCAUCGGAGCGACGAGCAGAGUAUCUUCGAAGCUUCUUGCGCCUCCGCGUAUUCGCUGGGCAGCUCCUCGGUUAGUUUCAGUACUUGCGACCUCGGACAAGCCAAGGAUGAAUCGUUUAUGAGGAAAAGCAGCAGUUGCGACUUGAAGGAGGCGAAAAAGUCCAGCUUCCCGUAUGCUUUCUUGCGAUCGAAGCUAUCUGUGUUACCGGAGGAACGUCACGGUUCGUCGUUCGCCAAGGACGAGAGGCUCUUCAAGACGGUCUCGGAAGAGCAUUUCCCGACCCUACAAAUCGAGGACUCGUACAUCGGUACGACUACUCUUGGACGGAAAAGAUCUAGGGUUGGAUACGUUGGCCGAGGCGACAACGCGAAGAAUCGGGAGAACACUUCGCGACCGAGUCGAACUUCUUGCGCAGAAUUCCAAAGGAAUUCCAGCAGAUACGAAGCCGACAGGUACAGCCUGAAUGCGAGCCGCCUCGAACGAAUCGAGGCCGGCUUUCAGCAGGAGGGUAUCGCGACUUGCUACAGCCUGUUCGAUAGCAGUUUACUGUCCCUUCGGGAAAAUGUUGAGUUUCACGUCGAGGACACCGCACGCGACAAGGUGGACUUUACUAGUAAAAUAGAGCUAGGGAUUGCCUCGGAGAAUUGCAACGUGGACCUCGAUGUGAUGGCCGCUAUUAGAAACAACCGGCGGAAUUCCGUGUCGAGCUGCGAGCAGAGACUAUCGUCUCAUUACGUCAGUUCGAAUGAAUCCGGAUACGAUAGCGAUGGACCGCGGGGUGAGCUCGUGGUAGCUUGCGAGAAUGAAGGAAUGAGCCUCAAGUGUAGCUCAGAUACCAGCAGCGUCAUGGAUUCGGAAUCGGAAAAGCCGAUAAGGAGCUCGACGCCUAGCGAGUGCCACGAUCAGGAUGCUGGGAAAAUCAGGCAAAAUUGCGAGGAGAACAGAUCGGACGCGAUCUCUCGGAUGAGUAUCGAGAGGCUCGACGGUCUCAGGUGGCAUCGGAGCGGUUCCGGAAGGAUGCUGCCUAGCAUUCACGGGACGUCCUUCGAGGAGGAAGCCGUGUCGCGGUUGGAAGACACUCAGUUUCCAAAUUGCGAGGAUAGAUUGAGUCUCUUGUCGAACACGGCGAAGGCGCUGGACGUCUCGCCUCAUCGCAUGAGAUUACAGCAGGAUAAAACGAGAUUUCUCAGCGAUAUUAUUCAGCCGUUGACACGGGUACGGCGAUGUUGCCUGAUACAGUUGCACAAGAGGGAUCCUAAGGAGAGUCUAGGGAUUCGAUUGGCGCAGCAAAGACUAGGUGAUCUGCGAUAUAUCGUCGUACAACUCGAAAGCGAUGGCAUUGCUCACAGGGACGGCAGGUUGAGAUUAGGCGACGAGAUCGUUGAGGUCGAAGGCAAGGAGUUGCGAACGUUGGAAAGCCUCGAAGAAGUUCAGGAGUUCCUGAAGUCCUUUACCGGCAACACGAUACGACUAACGACGGCUUAUGAGGAGACGGUGCCACAAGUGUACGAGAAUCCGUCGUCGAGUACUAUACCCGGAGAAUAUGAGUACCUGGAAAACGCGAGGAAUCUCUCCGACAUGUCGUUGAUCGACGCCGAAACAAAUCACGCUUCCUCAUUAAUGACAGAGACGACGAAGAAGAAGAAAAAGAAGGCAACCGACGUCAGCGCGGAGUCGCUUCAAUCGAGGAAGAGGCCCGAUUUUCUACCGCUUUCCGCGCAUUCAUCUAAAAAUCAAAAAGACAUCAAGAAUAACGGCACGGAUCCCGUGACGGAAUCGCAACAAUAUCUGACAAAACACGUGGCCAGGUUCGAGAAGGGCUACGGUAAACCCAGUCUGGGCUUUAGUGUCGUAGGCGGCAGAGAUAGUCCACGUGGCGACAUGGGAAUUUUCGUGAGAAGGGUCUUUCCUGGCGGUCAGGCCGAUACUUCUAAAUCGUUGUUUCAAGGCGAUGAGAUCUUGAGUUUAAAUGGGCAAAUUUUGAAAGGACGCACGCAUCAGGAAGUCAUCGAAUUAUUUAAGACGGUGAGAGAGGGUACAGUCGAACUAGAGAUUACAAGAAGACACAGAUAUCCUAGGAAUACACUGAAAAGUGCGCCGUAUUAAGAUUGUGGAUCGAUAAAAAAAGAAGCUGCCCACCGGAAGUGCUCUUUAGAUUUUAGAUUUAAAAUCUAUUAUAUCGUUCAGGAGAAAAACGGCGAUUUAGGAUUCUAGUCUAUCAAAAGAAAUCUAUGACUUAUAUGGCGUUUUCUCUCUUUCAUAUAAUUUAUUCCGCGCGACUGCCUAAUAGAUUAAUAAGUCUUAUCAUUAUAAUAAUAGUAUUAUUAUUAUUAUAUAAU